AUGCCAGAUGUAGAAAAGCCUAAAAACCCAACCCUUGCUGAACGAGUCUCCUCGCUCGGCAUCCUUGAUCGUCUCCCACCCGAAAUUCUAUACAUGCUCCUAGGCAUGCUUGACAUCCAGACCAUUGCAAGUUUCGCAAAACCGGCUUGCUCAAUCUACAUUCUGUCACCGAGCUCCAUGCUGCCUUACGACAAGAACGGUGCGCCUCUUGCGUCGAAUAUGGCGCCUUUUUCUUUCUUCCUACCUGCGAGAGAUGCUGCUGGGAGUGUCUUCGCCACAAUCCAUCAUUACGAGUGCUUCCACCAAAAGAAGCAAAAAGAUAUUUUGGUCUUUCAGAGCGGCAUAUCCGACGACUACCCACAAUUUCCGUUAUUCCUGGCAACUAUGGCAUAUCCCGCACCCCCUCUCAGAGGUCUUGCAGGCUCGUUAGUGUAA